AUGCCAGCAACAACGUACGAUUACUUUUGGGAAUUGGCUUCUUUAGCCUCUUCUAUUCGAAAAAAAGCUGCUAGCGAAUUAAUUACCCAUUUAUAUGAAAAAUUUGAUAAUACAAAAGCAAAUAUCGAUUCAACUGAUGAUUUCAAUGAUUUUUCAAAGGUUACGGAGUUAUUGGAAAAACUAUUUGGACCCGAAAUUGCCUACUCAUUGAUUCGUCUAACAAGAGGUUUGGCAAGUCCACGUGCAGGCGCCAGACAAGGUUUUGCUUUGGCGCUGACAGAGCUUAUUGCAAAUCUAGAUCGCAUUACAUUUAAAAUUGUCAUUACACUUAUCGAUGAAGCUUGCCCUAUCUCAGCAUCUAAAGAUCAGGAAGGCCUUGAUGUCAUUUUUGGUCGUGUUUUCGGCUAUAUGGCUAUCGUUCGAUCAGGCCUUCUUUGGCGAGAAAGCUCAUCCGAAAGGGAUUAUUGCGAGACUAUCAACGGUCUACUUGCUUGUGCGAAGUGUAAACCAUACGUUAAAGAAGCCUGCUAUCAUGUUAUUAUUUCUAGUAUAUCUCAGUUGAAGAUGGUACCUUUCGAAGAAAAGGCCGUAUCUCAUUUAAUAUCAGGUUUGCAGGAUCAGAAUACACAUGGAAUUAGGAAUCCUGAUGACGUUAAUUUAGCACUUACCAUCGAGGCACAAUAUCCGCAAUUCGUACAUAAUUCUCAGUGGAAGAAAGUUAUAUUGCACAGCUGUGAGAAUUGUGAACUUAAAUGGUCCGAUCCACAUAUUCUUCAUCAUGAUAAUUUGAUAAAGUUGUCUGAAGCUAUUCAG